AUGGUCCACGCCCGACCAUCUCCGAUUUUUUUAAAAUUUGAACAAUGUGAGGAAUGCCCAGGAAAACUGAGUGUCGAAAAUAACUUAAGAGCGAUUUUCGAAGAAGCUGUAAUUUCAACUGACAACACAAUCAGUUUUUAUCAAUGGUCCCAUGAUGAUAAUCGCAGUUCAUUGAUUUCCGUACAGGAUACAGUUGACAAGGAUUUUGGAUUAAAAGCAGAAUGGCACUUUUUUGCAACUUUUCAUGGUAAAAGUCCUUGCGAUGGAAUUGGAGGGACAACAAAAAGAUUGGUUGCAAGAGCAAGUUUGCAGGCAUCAACAAAAGAUCAGAUAUUGAACGCCAGAGAUUUUUACACAUACGCUGAUGCGAAAAUAAAUGGUAUUAAAUUUUUUUGGGUAGACAAAAAAGAAAUUAAAGAUCUGCUAGGAAUGCUUGAAAAAGAUUUAGAUUUAUUUGGAUACAAUUUUAAUAAAAAUGAAAGUGAAGACACCAAUGAUGAUUAUGAGCCGGGUCGAUUUGUAGCUUUGGUCUAUAAUAAGAAAUGGUAUUUAGGAAACAUUAUAGAAAGAGAUGAUAAAAAUGAUGAUUUAAAAGUUAACUGUCUGAAGAAAUUUAAAGAAAAUAUUUUUUAUUGGCCUAUAUUUGCUAUGUACCAUUUAAACAUAUUUUGA